GUCCACUGGAUCCGCCCUUUCCAUUUCUUCAACGCUGCCACCUUCAUAUUCAAUGGCUAAACUGGUAUCCUUUACAAGUCUCUGUUGCCAGAAAACGGUGACGCAGGGGCAAUCGCCGGAGACAGCGUGGCAGCCGGCACAAAUCGGCGUGCGGCGCGGUGGAAGUUGAAUGACGUCUUCCUGAACUCCAAUGACCAUACUUCCGGUGGUCCGUGGUACCGGACGGUUGAGCGGGUGGAUUGGCGGAUGAGAUUUUCUGAAAUCUACGAGAACAAGUUGGAAAUAUUUGGCCGGCGGUAGGUUCCACAAAUUGAUAGCUUUUUUCUUUUGCCUCAAAAACUUCACAAAAUCGCAUUGACCAAUCCACCUGCUUGACCGCCGGUACCCAAACCGGGAGCAUGGUAGUUGGAGUUUGGCUUUUUCCACGUCGUUGUAGCCGAAACUUUGCCCUGAGCCUGGUACUUGUAGUGGUAGUGAUGGAUCACACUGAGCACAUAUUCACUGCGUCCAGAAACACCGCCGAUUUGUGCACCUUACGUCCGUAUAAUCAGCUGUUGAAUUUGAAGCUUGGUAAGUAGAGGAAUUUCCAAACGCGGAACAAUAUGUUCUAUUCCAUUUUCUCACUACGUAUGUGUCCACAUUUGCAAUUUCCUCUACAUACCCUUAGCUUAUUUUGUUUCAUUGAUUUUUGAGAUAAAAAUGGUAUCUUUUUUUCAUGUAUUCAUCUGUUUGUAUGCAUCCCUAUGAUGAAACAUUUAGUAAUCUGAACUGGUGGCGCUCCCUCUCGUCCUGUUGCGGGAGGUGGAGGAACCCGUGGCGGCUUCUUGCCAGGUUGAUAUCAGGCAUUGCUGAGGGAUGAGGAUUUAACUAUUUUAAAUGUUUUAUAGAUUUGUUUUUUUCUCUCUUAAACAUGUUUUAUGUUUUUUUUGUUUCUUAAACAUGAACAUCCUUGUAACAUUCAACAAUGUCCUUUGCUGUCCUCACUAGCAAGAGUGAGGGGAACACAUUUUUACAUUUAAAAAUGGUUGGAGUUGAUUAAGACCAUGAUUAUGUUCUUUCUUUCUUGUAAUGGAUGAUGUUAGUAGCUAAUGGCUAUUUAAUUACUUUUACGGUUUUACCUUAUGCUUUGAGAGUCUUAAGGCAAUAAAUUGAAUAAGAUUCUUGAAUUUUCACAACUUCUGUCUAUGGGAGAGCAUGAAAUUAUGAAUUAGAGACUCCUUUCUCUUGCACACAUUUAAUAGGGUGUUUUGAGCCUAGCCUUGGGAGGACACCAACGCAGAUAAAGAAGACAGAUUCAAAAAAGAGAAAAGCACGGGAGGCGGGGGAACUGCCAAUGGGAAUCUGUUGGUGUGCCGCGGCGGUGCAUCAGCAAGCCGGAACAGAGGAGGCACCUGCUUAGCCACAACCUGACAGACACAAUAUCUUGCUAAAAAAGGCACAUAUAAAUACUUCAUAAUAUACUUGUGAUUUGUCUCUACUUUCUUUUGUUCAAUUAUAUCAAUGUUGGCAAUGAACUUUGCUCAAGAUGCUGUUGUUUCUUCCUCUCAAGCACAUAAGUCUUUAGUGGUUCACAAAGCUUCAAAUGUGGAUCAUGGAAUCCUUUUCUAUCAGAUAGGAAGGGUUGUAGUAGAAAAUGUACUUAUACGCAAUUUAGGGAUCAGAUCAGACGAGUCGCCUUCCUCCCUCAAUUUUUUCGAUCGACUAUUCGAUCAGCUAUUCGCCGAUCCUCUCUCCAAUUUUUUCAAUCAACUAUGUGGGGGAUCGGACGAGUCUCCUUCUUACCUUCCGCGCUUGGAAUUCUUCCAUGUCUUGCGUUACAGAUUGCGUGGAGCUGAGACUUCAUCAACGAUCGAUAAACUGACGAUAGCAAUUAACUCAUCAACUUUAGCAUAUGUCCACAAAUUGCCACAAUCAUUAUCCAGUAGUCUUCUUCUACAUCAGAUGGUGGCUGUACACAGGAGGUAUUCGAGCAAACUAUAUGAUGAUGAUCCAUGAUGGAGCAAAACAAAAGUAACUUAAGUGUCUUUGUAGCUUCUUUGAAUGUGGCUGGUGAAUCUCCUUCAGGAAACUGGAUUCUUGAUGAUUGACUUCAUUUGUCACCUUUGUAGAUAUCCAUUGUUUUUGAGUCUCAGGUUUUGCUAAAUUAUCAGUGGUGAAGUUGGAGAAUGUAUAUACAACUGUUGUUUGCUACACCUUAGUACCAAAAUCUAUACUCAAAUUUUGACCACGAUGUCCUUUGUGGGAACUACACUUGAGUUUAAUAAGUUUGAAUAUUGGUA